AUGCGCCAAGCAGCGUUGGUAGUUCUCCUCUCAGCUGGCGCUUCAGCUAUUCUAUUCGGAAAUAUGGGAGGAGGUGGUUGCUGUGGAGGCGGUGGUGGUGGCGGAGGAGGCUGCUGCUGCUGCGGAGGAGGAGGAGGAGGUGGCGGUGGUUUUGGAGGUUUCGGUGGUGGUGGCGGAUGCGGCGGUCGUAAGAAGAGAGAGGCCAACAACCUCGUUUCCUCCGAAAGCGUCAACAAGUGCAACAAUGAAGAGCUCCAAGCUGUUCUUCGCGGCGUAAGGGACCUUCACCAUUUUCCGUCAUUCCCCGGUACUAACCAAAUAUUUAGAAUAUGA